CCGGAGAAUACGCUUACGAGUGUUUCAUUCGUGGAAUUGUCCCGAAAUUAACGAGUGUCAUAAGUUCAACGUAUGCCACACAAAGAACAUCGGAAAUCAGUAGAAAAAUUAUUGCAACUACACAAGAUAUAAUCAUCCGAAGCAAAAAUGAAGAUACAAGAUAAUAUUAUUUAUGGUGAUCCAGUGGAAGAAGUACCCAAUGUUUCCUUAGGGCAACAUUUGUUCGAUAAGCUACGAACUAAUGCUGAUCAUCUUGCACAAAUAGACAUUGAAUCUGAUAAACAUUACACGUGCAGAGAAAUUCUUGAAAAAAGCGUGAUUUUGUCCACUGUUUUGAAAAAUUAUGGAAUCAACAUCGAAGACAGAAUUUCCACUGCAAGUGAAAAUCAUCCCAAUUAUAUACUAUCGAUAUGUAGUACACUAUUUGUCGGAGCUACAUUUGCACCUUUGAAUCCAGCAUACACUGAAAGAGAGUUUAGGCACAUGUUGGAAAUAUAUCAACCACGAGUGAUAUUCGUAUCCCAACGUACUGAAAAGAUCAUCGCAAAAGUUGUAUCCACUGUAAAUUGGAGUACGAAAUUGAUACAAUUGGAAGAUCAGUCGCUCAAUCGAAAUAUAAUGACGCUGAAGGAAAUUUUGGAAAAAAAUAGAAAUAUUCCGGAUCCUUACACGUUUACACCAGUGCAAAUAGACGACAUCAGUAAAAGAGCGGCAGCCAUUUUGUGUUCUAGUGGUACGACUGGUUUUCCAAAAGGAGUGAUGCUGUCCCAUCGAAGCUUACUAAUUUUCAUCCACACUACAAAGGGCCCCAAACUGAUGGACAUGCGACAAGGAGACCGAACUUUAAUUUUCCUGCCACUGUUUCACGGUUAUGCAUUCGGCUUGAUAAACCAAACGAUAAGUUCUGGUGGCAUAGCGUGCAUAAUGCGAAAUUUCAAUUUGGAAAUGUUACUGAAAUCCGUUGAACGAUUCAGAAUUUCGCAUAUACCUUUGGUCCCUCCAAUUUUAGUAAUGCUAGCGAAGCAUCCAAUGGUAGAAAAAUAUGACUUCAGCAGCGUGAGGGAGAUAACAAGCGGCGCGGCACCACUUCCACAGAACGUAGCGAAUGAAGUGAAGCGACGUACAAAAGUGGGAUCUAUCCGAAAUGGUUAUGGUAUGACAGAAUUGACGAUAGUAUCGAACAUAAGCGAUAAGACCUGCCUCGAUGACACCAUAGGUCCCAUAAUGCCUGGCUUCAAGUGCAAAGUGGUAGAUACAAAAACCGGCAAGACACUUGGCGCGGGGCAGUCUGGAGAAAUUUGCUUCAUGGGUGACCAGGUUAUGUUGGGGUACUAUAAGAACCCGAAAACCACAGCCGAGACGAUUGACAGGGAGAAUUGGCUGCAUACUGGGGACCUGGGGUAUUUUAAGGAAGAUGGAUGUCUGUACAUUACAGGGCGUAUAAAGGAACUUAUUAAGUAUAAAGGUUUCCAAGUCUCGCCGUCCGAGAUUGAGGCAAUAAUACUGACGCAUCCAGGUGUUAAGGACGUUGCAGUGCUGGGUAAGCCCGACGAACUGAGCGGGGAAGUACCGAUGGCCUUGGUAGUGAGGCAGCCUGGUAAAAAUGUAUCGGUGAAAGAAAUUGUGGAUUUCGCUAAUGAAAACUUGUCACCCCAGAAAUGGCUGAGAGGAGGUGUUAUAUUCAUGGAGAGUUUACCUAAGACACCAUCUGGAAAAAUUCUACGGAAACAAUUACUUAGUAUGAUACCUAAAUUAUGAACAAAUUUUGCUAAUUAUUUUAA